UGGCGGAUAUAAUAAUAAAUAGCAGACGGUCAGACGCAUAUGAAUGUUUCCGAUCUGCCGAACUUUCCCUUUCCCACGUAAACUUCCUUCUCUCGCUCUCCCUUGCCAUUCCGGGAAUCUCUUCGCGAGCUCUCAUCCGUCGACCACGCACCGUGUGAAGCUCGUCGCUGCUGCAGCAAAGAAGAUGGCGAUCACUGCCACGCCGGCCAUCCGGGACGGCCGCCUCGUGGUGCGGGGCAAGACGGUCCUGUCACGAGUCCCAGGCGACAUCUCCCUCACGCCGGCUGGGCCGAGCUCGGUUUUCCUCGGUGCCACCUCGGCUGCGGCUCCGGACUCCCGUCACGUCUUCACCCUCGGCGUGCUCGAGGGAUUCAAGUUCUUGUGUCUGUUCCGGCCGAAAAUCUGGUGGAUGAUACCCCUAGUUGGCGAAUCUGCUGAUGAAAUCCCGAUCGAAACCCAAAUGCUUCUCUUAGAAGCGCGAGAAGGGUGUGCCUUGGAUGACGAGUCAAUCUCGUCCGAGCAGAACUCUAUGAGUGUGUUUUACAUUCUCGUGUUACCGGUUCUUGAAGGUCCAUUUCGAACAAGUCUGCAGGGGAACUCCAUGAACGAGCUCGAAUUCUGCAUUGAAUCUGGAGACAAAGAUGUGCAGGCAACGCAGGCACUGAAGGCAGUGUUUUUAAGUUCAGGAGAUAACCCUUUUGAACUCAUCAAAGAUUCAGUGAAAAUACUCACGAAGCUCAAAGGUACUUUUAGCCACAUUGACAACAAGAAGAUUCCGAGACAUUUAGAUUGGUUCGGAUGGUGCACAUGGGAUGCUUUCUACUCUCAAGUCGAUCCGCGAGGAAUUAAAGAGGGCCUUCAGAGUUUCUUAGAAGGAGGCUGUUCACCAAAAUUUCUGAUCAUUGAUGAUGGUUGGCAAGACACGGUGAACGAAUUCUGCGAGGAGGGUGAGGCCCCGGCUGAAGGGACACAGUUUGCCACCAGAUUGGUUGAUAUUAAAGAGAACAAAAAAUUCACGAACACAGGUUCUGAAGGAUCUUGCAAUAAUUUGCAUGAGUUAAUCAAUUACAUCAAAGAAAAAUACGGUUUGAAAUAUGUGUACAUGUGGCAUGCUUUGGCGGGUUACUGGGGAGGCGUCCUCCCUACAUCCAAGCACAUGAAGAAGUACAACCCCGAACUGAGGUAUCCAAUCCAAUCACCGGGUAACGUUGGGAACCUUCGGGAUAUUGCAAUGGACAGCUUGGAGAAAUACGGAGUUGGUGUGAUAGACCCAAGAAAGAUAUUCGAGUUUUAUAAUGAUCUCCACAGCUAUCUGUCGAGCAGUGGGGUUGACGGAGUCAAGGUGGAUGUUCAGAACUUAAUGGAAACUUUAGGCAGUGGGCAUGGUGGGCGCGUUUCAUUGACCAGGCAGUAUCAAGAAGCGCUCGAACGAUCCAUCUCAAAGAAUUUCCCAGAUAAUAACUUGAUUUGCUGCAUGAGUCACAAUUCCGACUCUCUCUACAGUUCGAAGGAGAGCGCCACUGCAAGAGCAUCAGAAGAUUUCAUGCCGCGAGAACCAGCUUUUCAGACGCUGCACAUCGCUUCUGUGGCCUUCAACAGCCUCCUCCUUGGUGAAAUUGUGGUGCCUGACUGGGAUAUGUUUCAUAGCAAGCACGAGACAGCAGAGUUUCAUGGGGCAGCAAGAGCAAUAGGUGGUUGUGCAGUCUACGUAAGUGACAAACCAGGAAAUCACGACUUUAAAAUCCUGAAAAAGCUGGUAUUGCCUGACGGGUCAGUCCUGAGAGCUCGGCAUGCUGGACGGCCUACUCGGGAUUGCCUAUUCAAGGAUCCUGUGAUGGAUGGAGAAAGUCUGCUGAAGAUAUGGAACUUGAAUAAGUUAACUGGGGUCAUUGGAGUAUUCAACUGUCAAGGAGCUGGAAGUUGGCCUGUGAAGCCAAAAGCUGUCUCCUCUGGUCAUCUCAACAUUUCAGGAUCUGUCAGCCCCCUUGAUGUUGAGUUUCUUGAAGAUAUCGCAGGCGAGAACUGGGAAGGAGACUGUGCAGUAUAUGCGCACAACUCCGGGUCGCUUUCGAGGUUGACGAAUACGGGAAAACUCAUAGUGUCGUUGAAGACUCUAGAAUGUGAAAUAUUCACCAUUUCUCCGAUUCGGGUUUUUAAUCAGAAUCUUCACUUUGCUCCCAUCGGGUUGCUCGAUAUGUACAACUCAGGAGGAGCGAUAGAAGCCAUAAACUGCACAGCAAAUACCUCCGGUUGCGUGGUAAAGAUCGAAGCACGAGGAUGCGGCAAACUUGGAGCCUAUUCAAACUUUAAACCCGAGUUGUGUAAGGUGGACACAAGGGAAUCCGAAUUCUCGUACAACCACGGAAACAAUAUGCUGACAGUUCAUCUUCCAAUGGAUUGCAGUUUCAGGGAUAUUGAGAUCGUCUACUGAUUCGUUUCUUGUGCCGCAAGAAACUGUAUUUUUCCAAGAAGUAACUGUAAUAUUUUUGCGCUGUAAUAUGUUCGCAUUGAUUAACUCCGUGCGUGAACCAUAGAUAGUUUGCUGUACCAUUUCCAUUAUAUAUGUAGUCACGGUCGUCUUGUAUGUACAUUAAUGCUGCAUAAUGAUAAGAUUACGAUUUUCAUGCUCCGAA